AUGCAUUGCUCUGUUUCUCAUUUUUGUGAAAUGAGAUUGACUGGUUCAGGCAUUCGCAUGGAGUCGAAAGUUGCCGGGUUGGAGGGAUGUAAUGGGGUUAGCAUAGAGGGUGAGGGAUGUAAUGAAGCAUAUGAGCUUGUUCGGCAAGGAUUAAAGAAUGAUCUUAAAAGUCAUGUAUGCUGGCAUGUUUAUGGUCUUCUUUAUCGGCCCGAUAGAGAAUACAGGGAGGCAAUCAAAUGCUAUAGAAAUGCACUGAGGAUCGAUCCAGACAACAUUGAAAUUUUGCGGGAUCUGUCACUGUUACAGGCGCAAAUGCGAGAUUUGGCAGGGUUUGUCGAGACAAAACAACAGCUCUUGUCUCUAAAAUCAAAUCAUCGUAUGAAUUGGAUCUGCUUUGCUGUUGCUCAUCAUUUAAACUCAAAGUACGAAUUUGACCUUAUUUAUUGAUCCUUUAUUUAUAUAUAUUUAUAUAUUUAUCUUUCUAGUGGCCAUCAUUUACAGUGACAAACCUAAAUUGUUUUUCUUGUUGGUCCCACUUACUAAUGUUACUCAAAUACUUAAUGUUUGAUAUAAACAACCAAGAAGUUUCCAAACUUAUGUUCUCUCAUUCAUAAUUCAAAUUGAUUCGUGCUUUAAACACAACUGGAAAUUUCUAGACUAUAGACUGUAGAUCUAUGACUUCAUAUUUUCAAACAGUGGUUUUGACAUUGGUCAUGCCAUUGCUGUUAAUUU